CUGUGUUUCUUGACCACCACCCCGCCUGCCCCGGCCCCUCAUCAUGCAGAAAGCAGCAGCUGCAGUCUGUGGCAAGGCAGCACUUCCCAACCGAAAGGCCGGCAGACGCUCUCUCCAGGCAGGUCCUCUGUCUCCCUUCCACCAUGGUCUGGCUGCUGCCCAGGGCCUCAGGGGCGCCCCUGUCCAGAGAAGGCUCUUCAGCAACAGCAAAAUCCUCGUGGAGCUGGACGAGAGCACAGGGGUGGCGGUGAUGAAGAUGAAGAGCCCGCCCGUCAACAGCCUCAGCCUGGAGCUCCUCACGGAGUUUUCGAUCGGCCUGGAGAAGCUGGAGAACAACAAGGCCUGCCGAGGCCUCAUCCUGACCUCGGCUGCCCCACAGAUCUUCUCGGCCGGGCUGGACAUCACCGAGAUGUGUGGCAAGAGCAACGAGCACUACGCCCAGUUCUGGAAGGCCGUGCAGGAGAUGUGGCUGGGGCUGUACAGCUCCAACCUGGUGACCAUCGCAGCGGUCAAUGGUUCCAGCCCUGCCGGUGGCUGCCUUAUGGCCGUGUCGUGUGACUACAGGAUCAUGGCCGAGAAUCCCAAGUACAGCAUUGGGCUGAAUGAGACGAGGCUGGGGAUUGUGGCCCCUUUCUGGUUUAAAGACACCAUGGUGAACACGGUGGGCCACCGGGCCACGGAGCGAUCCCUGCAGCUGGGGCUCCUCUACCCUCCCCCGGAUGCCCUGAGAGUUGGCCUCGUGGACGAGGUGGUGCCUGAAGGGAAGGUGCAGGCCGUGGCUGCCGAGGCGAUGGCCCAGUGGCUGGCCAUUCCAGACCAUGCCCGCCAGCUCUCCAAAUCCCUCAUGCGGAAGCCCACCGUGGACCGGCUGCUGGCGCAUCGCGAGGCCGACAUCCAGAACUUUGUGCGCUUCGUCUCCCGGGACGCCAUCCAGAAGUCCCUGCAGGGGUACAUGGAGCGGCUGAAACACAGGAAAGCCUGAGCGGGGGGCGGGGA